CAGAGCGAGAAUGUUCAUCGGAAGAGCGUUGAAUGCAAGAUUAAGAAGGCUGAAGUCACAAAGCGCAAGCCCAGCAUAGAGAGAAGAGAAACGAGUAAAUUCGUGUCGCGGCAAUGACAAGGCCAUGAUCAACCCGGAUCAUUUCAUGCGAACAAGAUACGUUGUCGUUUUCGUUGUCGUGGUUGGUCGUAGUCGUAGUCGUAUUCGUAGAGAAAUCGAGGAGCAGUUGUGUAGAGUAGAAACAUCAAAAAAAUGAUCGGAUGUCGUGUGACUUCUUCGUCGAGCCAAAGACUUCGAGACACAGCUUUCGUCGCUCGGGUCGCGGGGAUGCUACCGAAGUUAUUGCUUCAUACCCAGCAGAGAAAGAAGAAGAAAGCAAAAAAUACAAAUAUGCCCUCGUCGACCCACGUUACUGGCGUAGCCACGCCACGGGACCAUGCUCGUGCAAAUCAAGAUUCACCGCAGCGAAACCGAAAAGAUGAUGUAGCAGUGCCGGAUGGCGAAGUGGAAGAACUUGUGUUCCACUCUCCCAGAUGCAGCAGUCCCCCGUCGUCUACCCUCCCACCUCAGCUGCAAGGCUUAGUCGGUCUUUGGCGAAGCAACGAGAUUGCCGGGAACGAUAUGAGGCGCUGGUUCCUGCGCGACGCCAAGGAAGACGGACUUUUGGAAUGUCAACAGCUUCGCCGCGGAUACGGAGGUAUUUGCGUGAUGAAAGUUCGUCUUAUAACAGGAAGCGGAAAUAACGAAGAGUCUAGGAAUACGGUAUUUGCGGUACAGCUAGAAAAUCCUCACGACUUGGAUAUGGAUAAAAGUGACAGCAUUAUGCGCCGUUGGACCGCAAACGGCGUCACUGCAUCUGCAAAGGAGAUCGUGUGGUACCACGAGAAGAAUCCAUUGAGCCCCAUCAAGUGGACCCGCAUUUCUAUUCCGCCACGGGACGUCGCGGCUGCGGACAGUAUGAGCGACAGAAUCGACUCUGCGGAGCAAGAAGCGACGAAGGUUUUUCAAAAGCUUCGCGCCGAUCUUGACGAAGCGGAGCGAACUUCCAAGUACGUUUUCGAUUACCUGAAGUCAGAAGUUUCGGGCAAUCUGCUGGCUGAUCAAGUGCCGUGCUGCAAAAUCUGUGUGACCAAACCGAUUGGUGUGGUGUUGCUCGGCUGCGGGCAUGUCUUGUGCAAAGAGUGCGCGGAGAAGCAGUGCAUACCGGGAAAACUCUGCUGGUUCUGCAAAGUGCCGUACGCUGGGCGACAGGAAAUGUUCUUCUCGUGAUCAACAUCAUCUCGACCACCCUGCUCCAGCAACGGAGCCGAUGAUCUGGACCGGACGCCGGCCUUGACGAGACGGAAUCAGAGCUCGGAUGUCUUUCUCUUUAAAGAGAAAUCAGAAUCAGAGCGAAUGAUAUUCGCUCUUUAGUCUUCACAGAUUUAAUUUCAUUCCUUCCCCUAUCCACCACUUUUGCUUGGGCCUACGAACAAGCAAACAAGAUUAUUGAGCUUGAGGUUUUUCUAAAACUAAAUAUAGAAAGAAAUGUACUUCUUACAUAAGAACUACGAAUCUAUCAGUUCAGUUGCAAAUACGAACUCUAAACCGCAGCCGGGUUGCAAAUACGAACUCUAACUAACGUGGGGCGCCAGGAAAUGUUCUUCUCAUGAUCGUGAUCUCUGCCCCCUUGCUCCAGGUCCAGCACCAGAGUGGAAACCGAUGAAGUAGACGAGACGACUGGUCCACACGGAAUCGUAGUCAGAGCGAUGCGAUGCACGGUGUCUUUCUCUUAUUCUUGUAUCAAUGUUGCAUAUAGCAUUUCUACCCAGCUGCACCACUUGAGAACUAGCACGGGAAAGAUUGCUGAGAAUGGUCUAUGAAGGUUAUAAGAGGAU